AUGUCCUCAAUCUGGCCCUGGCUUAGGCUGCCCUUCUACAUAGGAGCUGCAAGUGUCAGUCUGGGCAGCGGUGCACUAUACUACUUUCAAAACGAAAUCAUCUACCCGCGAAACCUGCCCCCAGGCGCCCGAACUGAAGUCCCCAAACCUGAACAAUUCGGCAUCCAAGACUACGAAGAACUCUCACUGUCGACCUCAGAUGGCGAGACUCUGAAUGCUUUCUUGGUCAAACCGCCCAACAAAUCACAAGCGAAACCCAUCACGAUCGUCUCAUUCCAUGGCAACGCAGGAAACGUCGGCCAUCGGCUCCCCAUCGCCAAGUACCUCGCCCACGAACUACAAUGCACGACGCUCAUGGUCGAAUACCGUGGAUACGGCAAGUCCACCGGCAACCCCAACGAGAAAGGUCUAGCAAUCGAUGCGCAGACGGGCUUGGAUUUCGUUCGCAGUCGAAAGGAUCUCAGCAACAAUCGCAUCGUCAUCUAUGGCCAGAGUCUCGGUGGUGCAGUGAGCAUCGAUCUCGUCGCGAAGAACAAAGCUACGGGUGACAUCAAGGGCCUCAUCCUGGAGAACACGUUCCUCAGUAUCGCCAAGAUGGUACCCAAAGUCCUACCCAUGGCGAAAAUACUGGUGCCUCUGUGUCACGAGCACUGGCGAAGUGAGCAGAUGAUUCCGCAGAUUACGGAUGUUCCCAUCUUGUUUCUCAGCGGUUUGAAGGACGAGAUUGUACCCCCACAACACAUGAAAGAGCUCUUCAAACUCUGCCGUUCACAAAAAGUCAUGUGGAGAGAGCUACCCAACGGCGAUCACAACAGCAGCGUGGCCGAGCCAGGGUAUUUCAGCCACAUUGAGGAAUUCCUGCGUAGACAUGUAUUAUGA